AUGGCAAGGGUUAUCAGCAAGAUUGUCCUAGGAAGCUGUGGAAUACAAGACUUCUACAGAACCUCCAGGAUAGUCUCUCUGCAGCAUUAUCAAGGGAGGCACGGCACUUCAACGCAAGCCUUCACAAACCCUCAGAUGCCCGAAUAUGCUGCUGGCCAAGACCCAUCUCCCCUCAGCGGGCAUGGCUAUCUCCGACCAACGGUAUAUGCGACGUUGUACAUAGCGCAAAUGAAGUACACGCUUACGAUAACACUGCCAAUGGAAGCACGAUACUUCAAACGCAAGCGUCCAAACCAGUCCGGUCCAGAUCUUGGAUUGGAUACAUUUCAGUUCGAUCUCUCAUCAACGACUUCUACGAGUUCACUGGGUGGCUCAACAACAUCUUCUUCUACUAGCCUCCAAGCACGUUUUGCCAACGAUUUCGGCAACUUCUUCAAGGUUUCCAUCCCUAUGCUUGGCAUCCGGCAUCUCAUGAGCAUACCGAUUUGCUCUUCCCGAGAAGUUCUCGCCGAUAGGCCUAUCAUAUACUACAACAAUCGAUUCAUGAUGAGUUGGAAAACAUCAGGGAUUGAUGGCGAUGGAGAUUGA